CGUGGCCAGAACAGAGGACAGAGGAAAAAGUUGUGAGAUAGCUGGAGGGACGAGCAGGGAGGGGGGGCUUUCUCUUUUACUGGGACUGUGCUGAAGAGGAGCAGGAAAACUGGCAUCUGACAGGUCUGUCUCUGUCUUUGUCUCCCCCCCCCCGCCACCUUCACUCUGAGUGUGCCUCGUCCCGUCCGGCACUGCAAUGUGGCUGUAUCUGCACUGAAACUGCCGCCUGGCUCGUUCUCCUUGAGUGAACCCUGACUAUGCGCAGCGACUGUGUGCCGUUCAGCUUCCGUCCCAUCCACACUGACUCAGCUGUGCGGGCAGCCGGCCGGCCCCUGAGUGUGCAGCAGCUGCAGCAGGAGUUCCAUCUAUAGGAUUGCUUACAGGCAGACACUCAUCCCUCACAGCAUCAGCUGGGAUUCAGACAUCCAGACGAAUUUAAUCCAUCACACCAGAGAGGCUGCGAUAAACUAAAGGAUACCCUACCUGCGCUGGGGCCGGAUCCAGCAGAACCGUUUGUUUUGGAGCAGAUCUGGCUGCCAUGGACGUCCGGUGGAUUGAGAUCCAACCCCCAAAGCUGGGCCCACGUUUCUCCGUCCUCAGUCUGAUCUCCACCGUGCUGCUGGGGGCCUGGUCUACUCAGGCUCUGGAAAUGAUCGUCGGGAAGACCCCCUCCCUGGUAGCAGUGAAUGGCAGUACGGUCAUGCUGCCUUGCAAAUACGAGAGCUGCGUCGGUAUCGAUAGGCUGUAUUUCAACUGGCAGUUCAACAACAACGGCACCAUGCAGAAGGUGUGUGAGUCAGUGAUCGCAUCCGCGGAGGUGGAGCCAGAUGUGAAGAUCUUCCGAGACCGGGUGGAGUUCAUUGGAAAGAACGUUAAAGGAAACGUCUCCAUCCUGCUGUGGAACAUCACCUUCGAGGACGGGGGCCUGUACACAUGUUUUGGGCGCAAUCCCAAAGAGCACUACAAGAACCACAGCGCCAUCUUCGAACUCUUGGUGGUGGAAGAGUUGAAGGUGGUGGACAAAACGGUGACCAUCAUCAUAGCUUCGGCAGUGGGAGGAGCCAUCGCGCUGCUGAUGGGCUUCAUGUUGCUCAAGAACUUCACCCUCUUUGUUCUUUCCAAGCUUGAGGAGAAAAAUAAAGAGUGCCUUGUUACUUCAUCAGGGAUCGACAACACAGAAAAUGGCCUCUCAGGAUCCAAAGCGGAUUCCAAACCAACACCAAAAAAGAAAUGAGACGAUGCACGGCCACGCAACAUGAGUGCUUAUAUUUCUAUUUGCAUAUUUUUGUAUAUGCAUAUGUGUUUGCACACACUCAUUACAUUCAGGUUGGCGUCUGAAGAGCUCUGGCUGUGGCUUUCAAAUAUCAGAUUAUUUUAUUUCUGAAGCAAUUGGACCAAAUAAAGUCGUACUUUCAAAUAAUUUCAUUAUAAUAAGAUCAAUUUCCAUGGCACUUUACGUUCAAAUGAAAUACAGAAAUACAAAAUUCAAAUGAAAUACAGUAGAAAAUGCAAUAAUCCCACUCAUAUAAACAGGGCCGGCAGUGGCAAAACAAUUAAAUCCUCAUUUAACAGGAAGAAGCUUCCUGCUGAACCAGACUCAGUCAUACAGCAGUUAUUAAACAUUUGCCAGUGUCAUUGAUGUCUUUUACUCAUGGCCUUAUUCAGCCCUCAGAGCAGAUGUGCUGAUUGGUUCAACUGAGGAACUUGUUCGGCUCAAAUAUUCAUUUUCCUCAUGAUUUGACAUUUUAUGUUCUGAUUUACUCCUGAAGU